CAAACAGAUGCAGGGGCUCUACAGCCGAAUUUGCAACUGUACUCUUUAACCCAAGCGUAAACAUGCGGUCACUACUCUUGCCGCCGAUGAGCUCCCGCGGCGUAUCCUCAAAAGCGCUGCGGCCAGGUUUUCAACAACGCCUCUCAAUUCGCCACCAGCCGUUGUUUAAUCCACUUGGAUUGGCUCCAACCCAGCUCGUUUCACCAAAGAGGAGAGCCACCAUCUCUUCUUACCAAUCGCCCUCGCCUCCGCUUCUCUAUGGUAUCCAAAUCCGAGGAUCUAAACCUAAUUUCACACCAUUCAUGGUGGCGUAUUCGUCUCCGACGUCUCCCGCUUCAGUGUCCAGUGCUAAUGAAGUCGACAAGGAAAAACUCGCCCAGGUAGCAAAGAGACUAGAGAAGACAUCAAGGUACUUCAAGAGGCUUGGGAGCAUUGGUUUCUGGGGGCAGCUUGUCUCAACUGUUGUGGCUGCUGUCAUUCUAUCAUUCUCAAUUGUUAUAACUGGGAAACCCACUUCUCCUGCUACUUUCUAUGCUACCGCAAGUGGGAUCGCUGCUGCUUUUUUCUCUGUCUUCUGGUCCUUUGGGUAUAUUCGGCUCUCUGAGAGGCUCCGUCGAACUGCUGGUGACCCUGCCAAGGCCCCGCCUCGUGCUGAUGUUGUGAAAGGUUUGAGAAGUGGGAUUAUGGUAAAUCUUCUUGGAAUGGGAGCUGCAAUUCUAGGGAUGCAAGCAACGGUUGGGUUUUUAGUUGCAAAGGCUCUAACAAACUCAGCAAACCCUUUCUACCAAGGAGUCUCUCAAGGAUAUAGCCCUGUUCUUGCUCUUGAUGUCUUUCUCGUUCAGGCAUCAGCGAACACCUUACUUUCUCAUUUUCUAGGCCUUGUUUGUUCCUUAGAGCUGUUGCGGUCGGUGACAGUGCCCAACUCUGAAUCCGUCUUCGUUCCAAAAGUUGCAUGA